GACUGCACACCUCUCGAUCAUGUGACUGAAACAGCUACAUUCUUUCAAUUUUCACGCAUUUUCUUUAAUUAAAGCCUUCUUUCCGUGUGAUGCUGUAGAACACAGUGUGUGGAUAUGUUGUUAGUUUUAUCAGACGACCACAAAGAUCAUUUGUGUUUUUUAUCUGAAGUUGAUCAUGCGGUUGUUUCGGAAUUUGGCAGAAUCGCUGUGGAGUUUCUAAAAAAGGGUUCAAACUCUAAAAUAUAUGAGGGGGCUGCACGAAAGCUGAAUGUAUCAUCAGAGACUGUACAGCAUGGUGUGGAAGGGUUGAUGUAUCUCCUCACUGAGAGCUCAAAACUGAUGAUCUCUGAGGUGGAUUUUCAGGACUCUGUGCUGGUGCUGGGAUUCAGUGAAGAGCUCAAUAAACUUCUCCUCCAGCUCUAUCUGGAGAACAGAAAAGAUAUGCGACAGAUCCUCAGUAAUCUCAGUCCAAACCUCCCACAUUACCACAACCUGGAGUGGCGGCUGGAUGUUCAGUUGGCCAGCAGGGCUCUACGGCAUCAGGUGAAGCCCACGGUCACCCUGAAGCUUCACCUGGAGGACGAUGGCAUGCGCCGGGCACAUGUACUGCAGACGGAUCCUGCCACCUUGCAGCAUCUCAUACAGGAGAUGGAGCGAGCGCUCGCUGACCUGAAGAGCAACCACUGCCGUCGCAUCCUGCGCAACAUCAAAUAACAUCAGCAAAGAUAAACAUUCUCAUCACUCAACAUUCACAUUUGUUAUGUGAUUUAUGACAUUUGCUGUCAUAUUUACUCGUCCAGCCCUACAUCAAAUGAUAUUUGAUUUAUCAUGAGCUGAAGGAUGAUCGGAGCAUAUGUUGUUUCUUUUGGAGAAUUUAUGCAGAUGGCAUGUUUUAUUUGUGCCAUAAGUAUUAUGUUGCCUUUCCUCCUUGUAUUCUGUACAUGCCCUUAAAACUAUGUUUUUUAUGCUGUAUGUAUUUUUGGAGCAUAUAUACAGUAUUAUGACUGAUUGAUCAUCAGUAAUAUUAUUCUGUUGUAAAUGUGUUUUACAUUACAUUGUUUAAGGUGGUCUGGUGUGUUAAACAUGCAGAGCUAGAAUGAAAAUAAUAAAAAUUAGCCAAAAUAUUGAAUAGAUAAACACACAAAGGGCGGGAAAUAUGCAGAAUCUAAUACAGCCAUCCAUCAAAACUGCCGGAACAUUUGAAGUGAUCUCAUUAGAUGUGCUUUGUGCUACGGGUUGUAUUUUGUCUUUUCCUGUAACAUAUGAACAGGAUUUUUCAAUCUUCAGCUCCACAUUUAUGCAUUUAUAAAUAAAUGAUUUGGAUGUAUCUCA